GUGUGCUCUUCUUUACAACAGUUUUUUUUAUUUCUUUCAUACUUUCGAAAAAAAAUGGAGUUUGACUCAUAUCAAGGUGUCAAGGCUGCCUUCAAAGUCAUUACCACCAUUUUCUUCCGAGAAAUCAAGGUUAGCGGUGUUCACCAAGUACCCAAAGACGAUCCCUGCAUCUUCAUUGUCGCACCUCAUGCCAAUCAAUUCCUCGAUCCUGGCAUGGUGAUCAUUUCGAACCCUCGCCAAUUCGCACCUCUUAUGGCCAAGUCGUCAUUCAAACGUAAGAUCAUUGGUGCUGGUGCACGCGCACUUCAUGCAAUUCCCGUCAUUCGUCCUCAAGAUUUAGCCGUAAAGGGUGACGGUACAUUGACUGCCAACGGAACCCAACGGAUCACUGGUACCAAUACCAGCUUUACACAGCAAGUCCACUUCCGUGAUCUCUUGUCGAUCAGCAAGACCAUCAAGCUAGAGGUUUCAGAGGUUGUUUCGGACACUGAAUUGAAACUCAAGGCUCCUUUGAAUGAGGAAGCCAUCGAGAUCCUUAAGAAGGGUGCUCAAUUCAAGGUGAUUCCUCACAUCGAUCAAGGUGUUUUAUUUGAAAAGGUUCAUGAUCGCCUGGAGGAGGGAAAAUGUAUUGUAAUUUUUCCCGAAGGUGGUAGUCAUGACCGCUCCGAAAUGCUUCCCAUCAAAGCUGGUUUUGCCAUUAUGGCCUUGGGUGCCAUGGCAGAGAAGGAGGGACUGGAUGUUAAGAUUGUUCCAGUUGGCUUAAAUUAUUUCCACCCUCAUCGCUUCAGAUCGCGUGCUGUUGUUUCUUACGGAGCUCCAAUCACUAUUGAUCCUGAAUUAGUACAAAAAUACAAGCAAGGAGGACUUGCCAAGCGAGAGGCAAUUGCUACUCUUAUUGGAGCUGGCUAUGACGGUCUUAAAAGUGUAACCGUCAACGCCCCAAGCUACGAUACUCUUUUGAUCAUUGCAGCAGCUCGUCGUCUUUACAAGCCUGUAGCUCACCACAAGCUACGAAUUGAUCAAGUGGUUGAGCUUAAUCGUCGCUUCUUGUUGGGAUAUAAGCAUUUUGAAAACGAUCCCCGUCUAGUUGAAAUUGCUGACAAGGUCAAGGCUUACAACAACACACUUAAAUACUUUGGCUUGCGCGAUCACCAAGUAGAACGUACUUCUACACCAACCAUUUCGGCCGCUGGUCUAUUGACAAAACGUAUUCUUAUGUUACUUUUGUUGUCUGUGGUUGGUUUCCCAGCUCUUUUGGUCAAUUCUCCAAUCGUAUUAGUUUCAUCAAUCAUUAGCGCAAAGAAACAAAAGGAGGCUCUUGCUGGCUCAAGUGUGAAGAUUGCUGCACGCGAUGUAUUGGCAACCUGGAAGGUGUUGGUGGUGCUUGUGGUUGCUCCAACCCUUUACGGUUUCUACUCUUUACUUUUGUUUGCAUACCUUUACUACAAGACGAACCAGACUCUGGCUUCAAGUAUCGGAUUUUCUAUUGCUUUCUGGCUUAUCCAGCCCUUCUUACAGUAUGCUGGUGUACGCCUGUUGGAAAGCGGUUUGGAUAUGUAUAAAUCUUUGUCACCAUUGAUCAUGAGUAUCAAUAACCCGGAUGCUGCUGCUCACCUUAGAACGAUGCGUGACCAAUUGUCAGAUCACAUCACCAAUUUUGUGAAUGAGAACGGACCUUCCGUCUUUGAAGACUUUGACAGCCACAGAUUUGACAGUUUGGCUCCAAAGGAGAAGGAUGCUUCAUGGCGUAAACGUGUCUUGUUUGAUAUGAGAAAUAUCAAGUCUGGUGUCAUCAAGACCUGGUUUGACGACCGUUCGCUAUUUAACUUUAGUGGACAUUCGGAUGAGUCAGAAGAAGAGACUGCUUAAACCUUGUAAAAAUAGCAUAUUUCAUUUGUGUUGAAUUAUCAUCACUCACACUCACACUCAUACUUACACUCACUUAUACACAUUUUUUUAUAUAAAUACAAAUAUACAAUAUAAACAAACACACACAUUGACC